UUUUUAAAAUCCCCUAGAUCACCUCCUCCUCCAAAACCCUCUUAGCGCUUGAUCGCAGGGUUUCGUUUCGGAUCCAUUCCCUUUCAUGGAUGGGAGGCGGAUCACGGUCACGGUGAGUCCUCGGCCGUGCUCUGGGAGGAGGAUUGUCGCGAGGAAGCGCCCGCGGCCCGAUGGGUUUGUCAACACCGUCAAGAAGCUGCAGCGGCGGGAAAUUAGCUCUCGCUGUGAUCGCUCUUUCAGCAUGGCUGAUUCGCAGGAAAGAUUUAGGAACAUACAGUUGCAGGAAGCUUAUGACACUUACGAUCCUAAGCAGCAGUCAUUCUCACGGCUGCCUUGCCUAUGUAAAAGGUCAAAAGUUACAGAGAUUGUGGCUGCUCAUGAUAUUGUUUUUGCUUUGACACAAUCUGGUGUUUGUGCUGCAUUCAGUAGAGAGACAAACCAGAGGAUUUGCUUCUUGAAUGGGGCUCCAGAUGAAGUAAUUCGUAGUUUGUUUUAUAACAAGAACAACGAUUCACUUAUCACUGUCUCAGUAUAUGCUUCUGACAACUUCCGCUCUUUGAAGUGUAGAACAACAAGAAUUGAGUACAUUAAACGAGGAAAACCAGAUGCUGGUUUUGCUCUUUUUGAGUCAGAAUCAUUAAAGUGGCCUGGUUUUGUAGAAUUUGAUGAUGUAAAUGGAAAGGUUCUUACAUACUCUGCUGCAGAUAGCAUAUACAAGGUGUUUGACUUAAAGAACUAUGACUUGCUGUAUUCUCUAUCAGAUAAACAUAUCCAAGAGAUUAAAAUCAGCCCAGGUAUAAUGUUACUGAUAUUCAGAAGAGCAAGCAGUUAUGUGCCUCUAAAGAUCCUCUCUAUAGAGGAUGGCACAAUUCUCAAGUCUUUCAAUCAUCUUCUGCAUAGGAACAAAAAAGUUGACUUUAUAGAACAAUUCAAUGAAAAGCUUCUUGUGAAACAAGAGAAUGAAAAUCUCCAGAUUCUUGAUGUGAGAGAUUUUCAAAUAACAGAAGUAAGCAAAACAGAAUUUCUGACACCAUCAGCAUUUAUCUUUCUGUAUGAGAAUCAACUGUUCUUGACAUUUCGAAAUGGAAAGGUGGCAGUGUGGAACUUCCGAGGUGAACUAGUUACCUCAUUCGAGGAUCACUUGCUGUGGCAUCCUGAUUGCAAUACAAAUAACAUUUACAUUACAAGUUUUCAGGAUCUUAUAAUUUCUUUCUGCAAAGUGAGUUCUGAAGGUUCAUCAACUGAAGCAGUUGGAUCCAUCAACAUCAGCAACAUCCUAACUGGAAAGUGCCUGGCAAAAAUUCAGCCAAACCACUCAAUCAAAUGCCAACAUGCUUCCGGAUUCGAUAGUUCAGUCACAGAAGCAUUGGAGGGCAUAACUGCACUUUACUAUGAUGAAGAUCGAAAUGAGAUAUACACUGGAAACAUGCGAGGUCUUGUUCAUGUCUGGUCCAACUAGUGACCUGCUUGCCUUGAGUAUAUGUUAGCGAGGUACAUCCCUGCCUUACAUCAUUCUUCUUAGGUGUAUCAUGUGCAACAGUUGGUAGGUGCAUUAUGUACAACAGUGUACCAUUAGAAAUUCUCAUAGUCCUCCCAAGGCUUUCUUGACAAUUUAUUCUAUAAAAUUUAAUAUUUAGUCAUUUUCACUUAUUUCUAAUCGGGAGUAGUCUUCUUGCCAGAACUAAAUCCUAAUAAGCUGUUAAGAGUCAAUUAAUGAAAUGCUUUUAGUGUGGCUUUGAAAUGAUUAUAAUUGUGGUCUUUAUGUGGCCUUGACAUAUGUGUUUUGGUAAUUGACUUUUUGUAACUUUGGUUUGUGAUUAUAUACGCUGCAUUUAUA